GCGUACUCACCUACAAGCGUGAGAGCGAGCAGGCGCUGGAGGCCUCGGGCAUUCCCUACAUCCUUCUGCGCCCCUCGCGCCUCACGGACGGCCCAUACACCUCAUACGACCUCAACACGCUCCUCAAGGCCACCGCUGGCAGCCGGAAGGACGUGGUGAUGUCACCGCGCGACACGCUGAGGGGGGAGGCGUCGCGCAUCACCGUGGCGGAGGCGGUCGUGCAGGCGCUCGGGUCGGCGGCGGCGGAGGGGCGCGCGUUUGCGAUAGAGAGUGUUGAGGGUGAAGGGCCGGGGGAGGAUGCGGCGGCGUGGGGCAAGCUCUUCGAGGCCGUGUAUGCGCGGGAGCCCGCGCGCGCAGUAUGA